GUUGGUACUCUUAGUAAUUAAGGGUGGAUUAAUUUCUAUUAACUUGAUAAAGCAGAUAUCUAUUCAAAUUACAUAUCCAGUUACUAUUUUACAAUUGUAACAAUGACAACUAUUGGUUACGGAGACAUUACUGCUAAAACUACAGAAGAAAGAUUAGUUAUGAUUUUUUUUACUCUUGUUUCUUGUGGAAUUUUCGGAUAUAUAAUUAAUUCAAUAGGUAAUAUUUUAGGUGAUAUAAAAUAAAAAAGUGAUUAAUAUUUAACUGAAUUGGCUAAACUUAACUAAUACUUUAAAAAAUAUUAAGUAUCUUUACAGUUGUAAGCUAAUGUUAGGAGAUACUUAUAAUUUAAAUACAAAGAAGGUAUUUAAGACAAGCUUUCUGAACUUGAAUCGCUUAACAAUUUAUCUCAACAUUUGUAAAAUUAAAUAAAAAUGGAUGUAGUUUCAAGAUAGCUUAAACAGAUUGGUUUCUUAAAGUAAAUUUGUAAGGAGGAGACUUUUUGUUAGCUAUCAUUGUAGGUUCAAGAAAAAAUAUAUCAACCAGAAUAAGUCAUUUUAGAUUAAAAUGAAAUCAAAGAGCCAGCAAUUUAGAUAAUUAAUUAUGGAAGAGUCUUAAAAAACUCAUAGUAUGAUUUAUCAUCUUAGGUGAACGAUAUUUAUGAGCUUAAAGAAAAGUAAAGUUUUGGAGUUACAGAAUUCUUUAUGAACUUAGAAUCAUCUAAAUUUAAUUAUAAAAGCAAAGAACUAACAUCUAUAUAUUCUUUAAAUCUUUCUGCUUUUUUAAAAAAUGUCCUAUAAUUUUUUAUAAAUCAAGAAAAUUAACAAUAGUAAAAAGAUACUAAUAGUGCAUAAAAGAUACAUUAAAAUUAAUAACUCCUAUCGCUUUAUGAUAAUACUUUAUCUUCUAUUGAUGAUUAAAAUCUUUUUAGCUCCUAAAAAUUAAACUUUAGAGGUUCUAUAAAUAGCUAAUAAAAUAGAGACCAUAUUGAAAAAAAAUCUAUUUAAUUCAUUGAUUAAUUAAAAAUAGAUAUUAAACCUCCUUUGAUAAUUUAAAGAAAGAAACAUGAACAUGAAAAACAAAUAGGAGAUCAGUAAAUAAAAGCAAAAAGCUUAUAAAAAUUAGAGGCUAUAGAAGAAUAAAACGAAAAUCAGAAAUUAAAUUAGCAGCAGAAUACCUUAAGAAAUAAUUAAAUUUCAAUUACUUCAAUUUAGGAUAUAUAGUAUAAAAAUGAUUAAAUUAGCGUUUUGUAAGAGAUUUAGAAUAGCAUAAAAGAUAUCUUUCAAUUUUUGAUAAGCUAAAAAGAAAUAAUCAAGUAAUAUUAGAAAUAUCAAGGAUAUUAAAAUGUGAAUAGUAGUACUUUUAAAAAGAUUGAAGACUAAUUAGUAUCUAACUUAAAUAUUAAAAGUGGUUUUUAGACAUAGGAUACUAACUAUAAUAACAGGUCAAGUUAUAUCGAUUUACUCAUGCCCUAAUAACAUAAAUAAGAUAUUUAGAAUUUUUGUUAUGAUCUGGAUAGAAUUCAAAAAUAUAAGACAUAUUACCCAAAGUUUAAUUAUGAUUUAGUAAUAGAAGAAUGCAAUUCGAGGUCUUAUAAAUAAAAUAUUCCAUUAAUUUUAAGAUUGAUCAAGAUAAGAAGAAAAACAGUUAAUUUAAAAAAAAAAAGUAAAAUAAUAAAGUAAUUAUGA